AAGCGAGAUAAAAUUGAAUGGUGGGCUGCUAUAAAAGUCAAAGCACGUUCUGUAAUUCAACUUCCAACACAAGAAAAUACACAACCUGCUGAUGAACCAUUUCAACAAGAGGAAAUGGAACACACUGCCAUAAUUAGAGAAAUUGAUGAUUCAACACAACAAUUAAAUGAUCCAACUGGGGAUGUUAUUGAAAUUGAUGAUGGUGAAGAAAAUGAUGAAGAUGAAACUAUAAUAGCAACAGAAACAGAUGAUGAUGAUGAUGAUGACUUAGAUGUAGAUAGUGAAUAGAAGGAUGAGAGGACGAGGACGCGGAUCUUCAUCACGGGGUCGAGGAGACCAUGGCAGGGGUAGUGUCCACACAACUGAAUCAGAAAAUGUCAAUCAAGAUUUGGUACAACACACUGCUUUGAUUCCUAGACCAGACCAGGGUGAGAGAUCCACACCGGGUGCUGCAUCAUCCACUCCUGCUUCAGUGCACACAUCUGCUACUGCCUCAGCACCUAUAGGUUUGCCACCUAUUGCAUCUACGGCUACAUCUGCAUCUGCUUCUGGUAGUUGUGCACCUACAGGGCUCAGACCACAUAUUCACUUAGUAAAUUCAGUCAUGCAGCCUUCUGAUCCGAUUGCUAGGCGGAUUACCUUGAUCUUCAAGGAAAAGUUAGUAGCAGAUGGCUUUUGUUGGAAGAAUGUACCAGAAGAGGUUAAAGAAUUCUAUUGGCAAGAAUUUAAGAAACACUUCUUAUGGGAGGAGGUAAUAGAACAACUGAUGAAGAUAGCUUGGAGGAAGAAAGCUGCCGAGCGAUAUCGUAGCCUUAUGUGUAGCGUAAGGAAUGGAAAGGAGAAGAGACUAUCACUGACAGAAGGAGUAAUGGAUGCAUGGCAAUCCGCUUGGGGAGCAACUGAGUAUAAAGAGAAAUGCAAAAAAUUUUCAAAUAACAGAAAGAGUGAAACAGGUGGGCAAGGCGCUGGCCCAUCAAGACAUUGUGGAGGAUCCAUAUCUCAGUAUAGGCAUCAACAACAGAUGCGCGAAAGACUAGGCAGAGAUCCUCUACCUCAUGAGUUAUUUGAGGCUACGCAUAAGAAGAAGGGUUCCUCAGAGUUUGUUGAUGCACGCUCAAAGUCCAUUCAUGAUCGCUUUCUGACUUUGAAAGAGCAAGCAUCACAGACAGAUAAUGACAGUAGUCAGGCAUCCCGCGUUGAUGAGGCUCAGUUAUACUUUGAGGCAGUAGGUGGAGAGAAAAAAAGAAGGGUGUACGGUCUUGGAUCACAGGCUUCAGUUUUCUUCCCAAACAAGACUUCUGCUAAUACAUCCUUCACAUCAGCUCAGCAAAAUCAGGAUCUUCAAGAUGAAAUAGCUGAUCUCAGACGCAAGCUACAGGAGCGUGAGGAUAAUGAACAAGCAUUGAUUGAGCAAAAUGUGUGGAUUACCUCUGAGCUUUCACAGGUGAAGGAUUUACUUAUGCAGCUUGUGAGUGAAAGACAAGGCAACCAGCCUUCAGCUCCCGGUGAGGGAACUUCUACACAGCCUGCACAGCCUCCUGAUCAAGCAGAUGAAACUAAUGAUGAGGAUGAGGACGAGAACACUACACAUUUAUAG